AUGUCGCCACCACCCGCUACCAAGCUAGACCUCGAGCACCAACCCCCCUCUUCCUCCUCCCCCGCACACAUCAAGAACGAUGGCGAGAGCUCAGACUCCAUCGUCUCGGACUAUAAACGAACCAUCAACUCCUCCGCCCUCACUCGUCGUCUCGACGCAUUCGCCGCAAAACUUCCCCCGACCUACGUCGAAUGCAUUGGUAUCCGACCCCUCACCACAUCCGAACAGACCGGUAGGAACUGGUGGAACGUCUCCCUCAUUUGGUUCUCAUGCAACGUCAACGUCCUCUCUUUCUCUGCUGGAAGCCUCGUAUCCCUCCUCAAAAUGGAUAUGCUCUCCGCCAUGCUCACCACUCUUUUCGUUGGUGGAUUCUGUUCGACCUUCCCAGCAUACUUCACCUUGUUUGGCCCGAAGUUGGGGAUGAGACAGAUGAUUCACGCGCGCUACAGCUUUGGGUAUUUCGGCGCUAGUGUCAUUUGUGCUCUCAAUCUUGCUACUAUGCUGGGCUACUGUAUUCUGAAUUCCAUUGUUGGAGGUCAGACGCUAUCCGCGGUCGGUGCGAGAGGCGAUGGAAGUUCGACCCUCACCCCCGACGUAGGCAUUGUCGUAGCAGCAUGCAUCGCUCUAGUGGUCUCAUUCUCCGGCAUCCGAGUGUUGCAUUACUUUGAACGAUUUUUCUGGCUCCCAACCCUAAUCUGCUUCCUCAUCCUCAUCGGAGUCUCUGGCACCGGUCCAUCAGGCUUACACGUCGCAUCGAACCAACCAACCGCUUCAGCCUCCUCCAUCCUCGGAUUCGCAGCAAUCAUCGCCGGAUUCAUCAUCUCCUAUUCCGCCCUCGUAUCCGACGUCUCCCACUACCUCGAACCCAACACCAACCCGCAUAAAUUGUUUUGGAGUGUCUACUUUGGAUUCUUCCUCUCUUGCGUACCGUUUAUCAUGAUUGGUAUCGCUUUCUCUUGCAGCUCCUACGACAACGCCGCCUGGUCUGGUGCACUACGAGUUUCCAGUGGACGGUUGUUCCAACUCAUCUUGGCCGAUAAGUUAGGCAACUUCGGAAACUUUCUCGUCGUCCUCCUCGCUCUAUCCGUAUGCGGCAACAUCUCUGCAACAAUCUACUCCAUCGGUCUCAAUUUCCAAACCAUGCUCCCAUUCCUCGGACCAAUCCCUCGCUUCAUUUGGCCCCUCUUCGCAACCGCAAUUUUCCUUCCCCUUGCUAUCGUCGGUCAUUCUAAAUUCUACGAAACGCUCACCGACUUCACAUCUGUCCUCGGCUAUUGGGCAAGUCUAUACGUCGGAGUAGUCUUCGCCGACCACGUCGUCAUCAGGAAAAGAGACUAUCAAAGUUAUAACGCAAGAGAUUGGAACCAGUGGAAAAGGCUUCCUCCUGGUUUGGCAGCCCUGGGAGCUUGCUGUGUGAGUUUGGCGGUGGUAGUACCGAGUAUUAGCCAGGUAUGGUUUACUGGGCCUAUUGCGAAGAGGGGUGGUGAUUUGGGUUUCGAGACUGGAUUGGUGGCUAGUGUAGUUGUUUAUGUUCCUUUGCGGUUGUUGGAGAAGAAAGUCUUUGGACGAUAG